AUGUCUCGUUCGCAGGCCCCGUUGAGCGGCCACUCGAGCGGUCAGUCGUACAGCCAUCCAAGCCGUCGCUCAAGCCGUCACUCAAAUGGUGCACGCCACGACCGCCCUGGUGAUGACUCUGCCGCUGCCGGCUCCUACACACCCUUGCGCCGGACCCAUGGGACUGCGAGCCAGGAAGAGCUUACAUCCACCAACUCAACGAAUGUAUCUCAACAGCGGGCUAUCGCGCCAAACCACGCCGAGCGGGAGUGGUACCGAGAGCUGCAGCCCCGCAUACCUUACAGCCGUCUUCACGACCCUUACGAUGGCGUCGGGCAUGUCAGGCGCGACGGAGCGGUUUACGACGAAGAGGAAGAGUACAAGGAGUACAGACCCUUUGGUGGGCGUGGACGUUGA